AGUGCUUUUUUAAUAAGAGAAACUUUGUCAUCUUCAGAAAUUGAUAAUGAGGAAGAUUCAAUUUCCAUUGUACAUUUGCGUACAAUUGGCAACAUAAAGAGUCGGGACAACUAUUAUGAGUUCACAUCUAAUAUCAUCCUCGAUAUAUUGACAAGCAGUUAUUAUCCUUUCUAUAGAAAAGCUUUAGCAAGAAUCCCGGUUAUUAACUCACCUCGAGACUUCUUGAAGGAAGCUUUAGACCUUUUAAUUUAUUCAAGGAGAACUUUAUAUACUUUACUACGUAUGGCUGCGUCGUAUCCAACGUAUAAGGUUUUUCGUGAAACCAGAACUUUGAAGAAAUCUGAAAAAAAAUGCGACAUCUGGGUGUGUAAUAAUUAUGAGUAUGGAAUCGAAUGUAAAGUCAACAAAGUUUUUGACAAUGACAUUAUGAGUGCAGCUAAUCAGGCUAUUGGAUACAUAGAAGGACGACAAAAAGUUUGCUGUAUGCUCGUCUUCAACUUUGUGUCAUUUGACAGUAAGCAUCAUGAAUAUCAAUUCACUUUUCCAAAUGUUGUCAAGCCAAGAGACGAAAUCUUCUUUGAAAUGGUUCAUAUAUUAUAUUCUCAAGCAACUCGAAGUGCAAAAGUCCUUCGCAAUUGUAUGGUCGAGGAAAUUUCUUUUGCAAGUAAUUAA